AUGAAACGCACAAUGCUAGCACAGGAGAUAGAUAGACGAGGUGCCGAAAUAAUUUUCGUGCAGGAGACGCAUUUCAGGGGAGAGUUCAAAACAAGAAUCCACUAUAAACGUAGUAACUUAGCAUACUACAGUAACAACACCCAAAAGAAAUCCAGAGGCGCUGCAAUACUCAUAGCCUCCACAGCCGCCUUCACAGAAAUGGGAGUUAGAACUGAUCCCAGAGGCAGAUUUGUCUUUGUAAAAGGAAUGUACAAUGGCACUUUGGUAACUCUGGCUAGCAUCUAUGUCCCUAAUGCAGACCAGACCUCCUACAUACGAUCAUGUGUGACAAAGUUAGAGACAUUUGCCGAGGGAGUAGUAGUGGUGGGCGGAGACUGGAAUAUGGUCCUUGACCAUUCAAUCGACAGCUCUUCCACCACUACAGACACCAGACGACAUCAAAGGAGGAUGUUCACUAACGUGCUACACGCACACCAAUUAUCUGACUGCUGGAGGAUCAUGCACCCUCAAGGCAGAGACUAUUCGUACUACUCUCAGACAGCUAAAAGCUACUCCAGAAUAGAUAUGUUCAUGGUCAGCCAUAGACACCUCCCCAUGGUCCAGGACGCAUCCAUAGGCAACAUUACGUGGUUGGAUCAUGCCCCGAUCCUCUUAACUCUCACACUACAGGAUAGGUCCAGGCCUACUACACAGGGGCGCCUGAACGAAACCCUACUAGACGACCACAGAGUAUUGGAGGAUCUACGGCAGACUGUAGCGACCUACUUUAAGGAGAAUAGUGGCACUGAGGUGUCAGAUCCUUGGGUGUGGGAGGCCCACAAGGGAGUCAUCAGAGGUAUACUUAUUAAGUGGGGCGCACGACUUAAAAAAGAAAGGUCACACAAACUAGAGGCGCUCACAGCAGAUAUAACAACAGCGGAGACCCGCCAUAAACAAGACCCCACGAAUGACAACCUCCAAAAAUUAACAGCCCUACGACUUGAAUUCCGAACCCUCCUGACUACUAGGGCAUACAGAUCUAUCCAACUGACAAGGGGGACGUUCUACGCACAAGGAAAUAGGAGUGGGAAACUUUUGGCUAGAGCCUUGAAAGCCAAACAGCAAAAGUCUUUCAUAAAUAAAAUAGUGGGCGACUCAGGCAGACAGCACAACACCACGGAAGACAUAGCUAAGGCGUUCACCACUUUUUACGCUGAUCUUUAUAACUUGACCCCACCGACGACACAACCACAUACCCUGUGGAACUACAUUUCUGACAACAUAUCUUGCAGGAUCCCAGUAGACCAGAUCCAUACAUUGGACGAACCUUUUACACACGCAGAACUCCUCUCCACAAUCAAAACACUCCCGAACGGUAAAAGCCCUGGUCCAGACGGACUGACAGCCAGAUACUACCGAACCCUAAAACAAGAGCUAGCACCCCACUUCCUACGCACGCUGAAUGGCCUCGCACUUGACUCCACACUGCCACCCCCGAUGCUACGGGCAUCCAUUACCAUCAUCCAUAAGCCUGCUGAUGGCAAUAGACGCCGAAAAGGCCUUUGACAGGGUAGACUGGACAUACCUGUUCAGGGUCUUGGAGGCCUUGGGAGUGGGCCCUAGACUACACAAUUGGAUUCAAGCCCUAUAUAGGGGACCCUCGGCCACCGUCAGGAUAAAUGGACAAUUCCCCACCCCGUUUCCAAUAAGCAACGGCACACGACAGGGCUGCCCUCUGUCGCCCCUCUUAUUUGUUUUGGCUAUGGAACCUUUCCUGAAUGCAAUCAAGAAACACGGUGAAAUAAAGGGCUACCACCACCGAGGAGGGGAAGUGAAGGUGUCAGCCUUCGCGGACGACAUCCUUUUCUCAAUCACAGACCCCACCAUCACACUACCACGAAUCAACUCAGAGAUACAAACCUUUAGCGCCCUCUCGAAUUUUAAGAUUAACACAGAUAAGUGUGAGAUUCUGGGGAUCUCAGUCCCCCCAACCCUACAAACACGACUCCAAAGGCUACACCCAUUCCCCUGGGCUAGGACAGGACUGA